GGCCGAAGAAUCCACACGCUUUAGACGUCAACCGACUGCCAGGCUCUCAAAUGAAAUCGAUAUCAUCUGUAUAAUGUAAUUAGUAUGAAUCCACUGUAAAACAAAAACAAACAUGAGAAAUACAUUAAAACAAAGAGAGCGGUUGAGGACCUAGUGUUUAAGUGGUACGUAGGUACGGGUGGACGGACUUUAGGACCCAAAGUGGACUCACCUCGCCGGCAUCAGGAAGUCGGCGCUUAUGCUGCUUCCGGUCUGCUUACCGUCCCAGUGAGCAUGGCUCAGGGGGGCACACGGGGGCGCCGCUACCUGCGCGCCUUCGUGAGUGGCUUCUUUGUGGCCGUGCCCGUCACCGUCACCGUCCUGGAUCGCUUGGCGUAUGUGGCCAGGGUGGAGGGCUCGUCCAUGCAGCCGUUCCUGAACCCGGAAGGAGCGUCCGAGGGUGACGUGGUUCUGCUGAACCGCUGGAGUGUCAGGAAGUACCACGUCCAGAGAGGAGACAUCGUGUCUGUCAUGUCUCCCAGGAAUCCCGAGCAGAAGAUCAUCAAGCGCGUCAUCGCCCUGGAGGGAGACUUCAUCAGGACUCUGAGCUACAAGAAGCGACAUGUGCGCGUCCCUGACGGUCACGUGUGGAUCGAGGGGGACCAUCACGGCCACAGUCUGGACAGCAACACCUUUGGCCCGGUGUCGGUGGCUCUCCUCCACGGCCGCGCGUCGCACAUCGUUUGGCCGCCGGGCCGCUGGCAGCGCAUCCGAGCCGAUCUCCCGCCGAACCGAGCGGCGCUGUUUACCGAGGGCGACGGCGACCGGUGAACGCUA